UCUCCUUGUAUCAGGCUGCCACUAGCGCUAGCGGAAAAACAACCUCCGGGCUCUCCGCCGCUUGCGCUCCGCGGCCGCGCAACUGCGCAACGAUGGCGAGCGCCGCCUCUCCGGCGCCUCACCCGACGCCGCCGCUGCAGGCGCAACAGCCGCCGCCGCCGCAGCCACCCACUGACCCGCAGAGGGCGCUCACCAUGAACGCGGUCCGCCUGAAGGCGAUCAGCGACCGCUUCAGGGGCCACCUGAGCGGCACGGCCGUCCUCCCCAUCGCCGAGUUCGCCCACCUCAUCUACGCCUUUGCCAGAGGGAUCGACUUCGCGGUCUCGGCUGGUGAUAUUCCUGUGAUGGCCAGUGACAUACCCGGCAUUUUGAGAAAGAUAUAUGAGCUGAGGAAAGAAACAUUUAUGCAAUCUUCGCUUAUGGUACUAGUGAUAUCAUGCAAGAAUGCUUGUUCCAAGAAAUGGUUUCAACCUGCAGAUUCUAGUGACAUUACCAGAAUUGCUAAUGAGCUCUCUGGUAACUUCUGCACGUCCUCUGGCCAGGCAGCUAGUGACAGCACCGUGCUUGAAGUUAUAUCACAAAUAAUGCCAAGGUAUUAUCCUCGGUUGAAGUUUGAGCGUCUAAUCACUUCUAUUGAAGCAAAGGUUGGCUAUGAUGUAUUAAUGUCUGACUUCUUUAUUGAGAGGAGCCUACCUCGAGAUGAAAAGAUUAGUCUAAUUGUCGUACAAAAGGAAAAUUUAGAUGCCUCAACAUGUGUCACAAGCCCACCACAUGUGAGCUUUUUGGUCAAUGGAAAGGGUGUGGACAAGAGGACUAAUGUUUCAAUGGACCUAGGACCCCAGUUCCCUUCUGAUAUCACCAAAAUGCUCAAAUAUGGGGCAAACAUUAUCCAAGCUGUUGGAUAUUUUAAUGCUAAUUAUAUCAUAGCUGUAGCAUUUGUAAACAAUUUGGCAUCCUUCAAUGCUCCAAAACUGGAUGACUAUACGCAGCCUAUCACUGUUUAUCCUGCAGAUUCUGAUGUACUUGAGGGACCAUCAAGAGUUUCCCUAAGUUGUCCUAUAAGUUUAAGCCGCAUAAAAACUCCCAUUAAAGGGCGCCUUUGCAAACACUACCAGUGUUUUGAUUAUGAUAAUUACAUGGAGAUGAACUCAAGGAAACCAAACUGGCGCUGUCCAUAUUGUAAUACCCCUUCAAACUUCACUGAUCUACGCAUUGACCAAAAGAUGGCAAAGAUACUAGAAGAGACUGGAGAUGAUGUCCUUGAUGUACUUGUAUUUGCUGAUGGAUCUUGGAAAGCUGCACCAGCUCAUGAUGAGAAAUCUGAUAGACAUAGAGGUGAUGGCAUUCAUCAGACUGGAGAUGCUGUAGAAACUGAUUCGUCAUCUUCUGAUGUCAUAGAUCUGAUAAAUGGUGAUGGUGAUCUGCCAAUGAUGGAUUGGGCAUCGGCUUUAGAAGAUACAAAACCUUUGCUGAAUAGUCAAGAUAUAUCUGUGUCAGACUAUCUUCCAGAUGUCCCUAUGGCAUCCCAUACAGAAGAUCUGUAUGUAGGGGAUGGAAAUAAUGGGGGUAGCAACAUGGCUUUCACUUCUGGUCAGAAUUUGUUACUGCCAUCUACUAGUGGGCUGGGCUCAAGUUCUUUUGGGACCUUGGAAUCUAUUCUACCCCAAAAUGUUCUGCGCCCUGUUAUUACAGAUGCUGUCUCUCCUUCUCUUGAAACCUCCACUGCAACAUCUGGCAUGCAACCCGUUUCACAGGAAACACAUUGUGAAACUGUACAGUUGCAACCACAAAUAGGUCCAGUACAUAGAUCAGAAGUGAGAAGUCUUCCUAUACCUAGAAAUCCCAGGAGAGAGCCAGUAAGAGUCCAGGCAUUGCCAGUGCCACCGCAGAAUCCUGGGUCAUCAACGAGGUUGCAACCAAAUAUCCUCAAUUGUCCACCUCCUAUCCCACUAUCUACUCCAGCUUCUUCAACUUACCAAGCACAUCAAGUGAUGAAUCCGGACUGUGUCAUUGCUCCAAUGAGUAACAGUGGUGGGCCGUUACCAAGGACUCCCGGUCCUGCUACAUCAUUGCAUCUACAGUCAACAACACGGGACAUACGCCACACAUCGAGCCAUCUGCCCAGUCGGGUUGUUGGUCUGCCUGCGCCACACCUUAUGGGUGCACGGCUGCCGCCAGGAAUCUCAGGACAGGCUGGAGGAGCGAACACAUACAGACCUAUGCCUAUGCAGCAGAAUACAACUCACGAUCAGAUCAGGCUCACACGAAUGACCAUGAACCAAACGGCUCUGGCUGCCGUGGGCCAAACCACUGCAGCUGCACUUGUCCGACCAACCCAAUCUGAGAUCCGAAGCCAUAUCCUUCCCACCGUGCAAAGCCAGGCGCCAAGAUCGCAAUCAGUGCCUCGGGCAGCAACUCUUCCGUCUCUACAGCGAGCAGCACCACAUCUGCAGCCUCCCAGUGUACCACCUGCUGCUCCUAGCACACCUCAGGCUGGAUCCUCAGAUAGGCUUCCACCAGACCUCCCAGUGGAUGAGAACUGGUGCCCCACAGGUCAGAUGAGAGGGAGUCUGACAGGCAAUGCCUACAGUUCUGCUAUCCUGCGCUAUCAGCCAGUUCAGGCUCGUCCUUCCAGUGGUUCGGGUGUGCGAAGGCCUCACUAACCGCUGGGCAUUGUGGUAUUGUGAUAGACUGAUGGUCAUCAAGCAGGGAUUUUGGCAGCGAGCUAGAUAUUAGUUGAUUCUUUUGGCUGGUGUUUGGGAUGAUCUGGAGUUGAUGUAGGGAGAGGCUAGUGAAUAGUGAGUGGAGACAGUGCUCUGCUGACCUGCCGCAUUUGUCUCAGUUGUUUGUACUUUGUUGCAGUUUCCGUAGUUGGCUGUGUAGCUUAGGAUCAGUGCUGUAAAAAGUGUUAUGAUGUUAAGCAUUAGCAGUAGUACCUGGUAAUCUAUCGUGCUAGCUCUCGCACGUGUAAAUCAUGUAGUAUGUAUGAUCAUUUCUGUGCUGUGGUAUGAUGAAGUAGAUGAAGUAAUUACUCGAGCAGUA